AUGGACUUUGAAGAGGUAGUCCGCCACUAUUCUCACUUGAAAGGAUUGUAUGCAGCCGAGCAAGUCGGAGAUGAGCCAAGAAUCCUCAUAGGCCUGAACAAUAUGCAUUUAUUAGCCCCGAUAGAGUCUCGUAUAGGAAAUAUUAAUGAGCCGGUCGCAGUAAAAUCGCAUCUUGGAUGGACGAUUUAUGGUCCGAGCGGCAGUUCCCCAAAAAAAGAAUUUCUCGGAUGUCAUCAUGGACAUACGAACCAGCAACUACAUAACUUGAUGCGCGAGUACUUCAUGGUGGAAGAAGCGGGAAUUACUGUGAACCAGUUGCCGGAAUCCGAUGACGAUCGUCGGGCAAACGAACUUCUACAGCGUACGACUGUACGAGUAGGUAGGCACUUCGAGACAGGCCUACUAUGGAAACAGGACGACAUUCAAUUACCGGAUAGUUUUCAAAUGGCGCUGAGCCGUAUGAUUGGCCUCGAGCGGCGCCUCCAGAAGAAUCCGGCUCUCAACGUAGCUGUACGGCAGCUCAUAGAAGACUAUCUGACAAAAGGGUACGCCCACAGAGCUACUUCUGAAGAGCUUUCUAUGGCAAAUUCGAAUCGAGUUUGGUACUUGCCACUCAGUGUUGUUGUACAUCCUAAAAAACCCGACAAAGUGCGUCUCGUGUGGGAUGCGGCAGCGAAGGUCAAAGGCACGUCGCUAAAUUCUAUGCUUUUAGUCGGUCCCGAUCUCUUAACAUCCUUGCCGGCUGUAAUCCAGCAAUUCCGUGAACGGUCGGUGGCAUUCAGCGCAGAUAUCCGCGAAAUGUACCACCAAAUUCGGAUCACGGAGGUAGAUAAACACGCUCAACGGUUUUUAUUUCGAUCACAUCCCUCGGACCCCCCGGAGGUGUAUAUAAUGGACGUGGCUACUUUCGGUGCCGCCUGUUCUCCAGCGUCGGCACAAUUUAUAAAAAACCUUAACGCGUCUCAACAUGCAGAUCGCUUCCCGAGUGCAGCCAAAGCUAUCAUCCAUCGACAUUAUGUCGAUGAUUACCUCGACAGUACUGAUACGGUGACGGAGGCGAUAGAACGUGCGAAACAAGUUCGGUAUGUUCAUAGUCAGGCAGGUUUCACUAUCCGAAACUGGAUCUCCAAUUCGGCCAUCUUCGAUCAAGCCUUGGAUGAUGUGAAAAAAGAAGAAGGGAUCCCAUUGUACGACCGUAAAGAUAAAGCGACCGAACGAGUACUGGGAAUUAUAUGGCGACCGAAUGAAGACGCUUUUACUUUCUCUCUCAGUUUUCACAGUGAUUUACAACCGUACAUCGCGGAAGGCAAGCGGCCGACUAAACGGAUCGCUCUCCGUUGCGUGAUGAGUUUAUUUGAUCCGCUUGGGUUGUUGGCGCCGUUCACUGUGCAUGGAAAGAUGCUGCUACAAAAGCUCUGGCGUACCGGUUGUAAUUGGGAUCAGGAAAUGGACGAUGAAUGCUUUGCGAACUGGUCGCGAUGGAUGAAGGUACUCCCGAUAGUUGAACGGUUGAGGAUUCCACGCUGUUAUCUACGGGGAGCAUCCCACGAAGCUUAUCAUACUUUACAGCUUCACGUAUUCGUUGACGCAAGCGAAGAAGCAUAUGGCGCUACAGCAUAUUUUCGAAUAGCAACUUCUGAAGGUCCACGAUGUUCACUAGUCAUGGCAAAGACAAAGGUCGCCCCGUUGAAGCAAUUGUCCAUCCCACGAAUGGAACUACAAGGAGCAGUUCUGGGGGUGCGUCUGCUAAAUAUCGUCGAGGCUAACCACGAGUUGAAGAUCCUAAAACGCGUGCUCUGGACCGAUUCAAUGAACGUCUUGUCCUGGAUCCGGUCGGAUCAGAGGAAAUACAAACCUUUUGUGGCGUUUAGAAUCGGAGAAAUUUUGCAGGAGACAAAAAUCGAUGAGUGGCGCUGGUUGCCUUCCAGAGCGAAUAUCGCGGAUAUUAUCACCAAAUGGGGAAAAGGCAUUUCCCUAGAUUCUGAUGGAACCUGGUUUAAUGGAGCGCAAUUGUUACAGACCCCAGAGGACAGAUGGCCGAUGCAGGAUCUACCACUACCUAACACAAGAGAAGAACUACGAGUAUGCCAUAUGUUUCACACGGAAGUAGUUGAAGAGCCAUUGAUAGAUGCUUCUCGUAUAUCUCGCUGGCUCGUGCUGCUGCGUACGGUGUGCUGCGUUUAUCGAUUCAUUUCCAACUGUCGGCGCAAAUCGCGUGGAUUGACCAUCGAGGUGCUUCCCGAUAUAUCGGAGAUAAUGCUACGGCUGGUGUUACGUCCACAGCUUUCUGUUACGGUUCCAUUGAAACAACAUGAGUAUCAUCUGGCAGAAAUUGUACUUUGGAAAAUCGCGCAGCUCAAAGGUUUCGCUUGCGAGGUUAAAACACUUUCAAAAAAUCGCCAACUGCCCUAA